AUGGCUUUGAAAGGAUUAAAGGUCGUGGAGUUUGUUGGACUUGCCCCGGGACCGUUUUGCGGAAUGCUGCUUGCAGAUUUUGGAGCGAUCGUUACACGGAUUGACAUGAAUCCUCAAAACGUUUUGGAUGUGCUUCAAGGAGGAAAACGAUCUAUUGCUCUAAACCUAAAGAAACCGAAAGCCAUAGAUGUAAUUCGUUCCUUGUGUCGCCAGUCAGAUGUGUUGAUAGAACCUUUUAGACCAGGUGUAAUGGAAAAAUUUGGGCUGGGACCUACAGUUCUUCUUAAGGACAAUCCACAAUUGAUUUACGCUCGAUUGACGGGAUUCGGGCAAACUGGAUCUCAUGCUCUUCGUGCUGGACAUGACAUAAAUUAUAUCGCGGUUUCUGGAGUGCUUUCAAUGCUGGGCCGAAAAUCAAAUAAACCAACCGCUCCAAUGAAUUUACUGGCUGACUUCGCUGGAGGAGGAUUAAUGUGUGCGUUUGGCAUUCUGGCAGCAAUCAUAGAAAGGCACAGUUCUGGAAAGGGCCAAAUCGUUGAUCACGCCAUGGUAGAAGGGGCGGCCUACAUUGGAAGCUGGUUGUAUCGCUCAAAAAAUCUUCCAAUUUGGGGUAAAGAACGCGGUGACAACAUCCUAGAUGGAGGAGCACAUUUUUAUGAUACGUACGAGACAAAGGAUGGAAAAUUUCUGUCCGUUGGUGCCAUAGAAAACAAAUUUUAUCGUCAGCUUUUGGAAGGACUGGAAUUAGAUCCCGAUAUGUCACAGUUUGAGGAAGAAGCAGACCGGCGAAAGUUAUUCGAGUCCACAUUCAAAUCAAAAACUCGUGACGAAUGGAUGUGCAUUUUUAACGAUAAAGAUGCAUGCGUAUUCCCUGUGCUAACACCUGAUGAAGUAAAAUCUUACAAUCAUAAUCGAGAACGAAACAUGUUUGUAGACCAACAACAAACCGGCACAAAUGAUGUGCUAGUUCCAUCACCAGCACCGAAACUAAGCCGCACUCCUGCCCGAACGGGAGCGACUACAACAGAAAAAAAUGGGUUUGAAAUGACUGAAAAAAUUUUAACUGAAAUUGGCUUGGUACGCGACGAAAUUAUCCAACUAUGUGAAGAAGGUGUUGUACUAGUUAUCGAAAAACCAAAGAUGUAAAUGAAGAUACUACUUCUUCAUGCAAGUUGAUAGCAUAUUGUUAAAAUAAAGGUUAUCGGAUUUUUAAUAAAGGUAGUUUAU